CCUCCUUUGUAGAAAAACUCACCACCAUUACGAAAACGUCGCGGAAAUCAUGUUUGUUAGAUGAAACAACAUGGAUUGUCAAUAACACAUCGCUGUAUAUAUAAUUUCUCCUUCGCUGCCUGAUCUUGCGUUUCUGUUUAACCCCGCUACUCAAUUUUUUCUCUUCUCAACCCUUCCCGCUCCCCUAGACGAUUACUCCGCGGGAGACAUCACCGAAGAGUUUGUAAAGACGGAAUUAAAUGGGCCACAAGAUGUCGAGCUCCGGAAUACCCCCCGUAGUGCCAGACUCGCUAAUCAGCGCCGAUGACGGCCGCCGGUACUGGUCGGGUGUUGAACCCGACGUCAACGGUAUGCUAGGCGGCUUCCCCGCCGUCUCCCGCAUCGACCUCCGGUCAUCGGGGAGCUUCCUCGCCAAACUCGGGCUCGGCCGCACCAAGGGCGCGAAGAACGUGAAGAGAGCGUUAGAAGGCGGUGCUGGCAUCGGACGCAUAACCGAAGGGCUCCUCCUCGACGUCGCCGAGAGCGUCGACAUAGUCGAGCCGAUCGCCAAGUUCACCGCCGCGCUGGAGGGCCGCGCGGGCGUGGGCCGGGUGUACAAUGUCGGGCUCGAAGACUGGCGGCCCGAGGACGGCGUGGCGUAUGAUCUGGUCUGGAACCAGUGGUGUCUGGGACACCUGACCGACCUGCAGCUUGUGGCGUACUUGAAGCGCUGUGCUGCUGCGCUGAGCGUGGGCGAGGAUGGAAAGACGAAGGGCGUUGUUGUGGUCAAGGAGAACUUGAGUACUACUACUGUGGAUCUGUUCGAUGAGAUGGAUAGUAGUGUUACGAGGCGAGACGAAACGUUUCGGCGGAUUUUUGAGGACGCGGGAUUGAGUAUAGUCAGAACGGAGCUACAGAACGGGUUCCCUCACGACCUGUAUCCGGUGCGCAUGUACGCACUUAAACCCAAGACGACGUAAUUCAGCAAAAAAUGCCAAAAAAAAAAAA